AUGGUGGAUGGGUUCAUCGGCGUCGUCCAUGCCCAAGUGAUGACGGGAGUGCCCAGAGACGAACGAACAGAAAAAUCCAUCGCAGUGCAAAUAGAGACGAGGUUGUUAUAUUUGUAUUGCUUAGUUGAUCCGUUUGUGUUUCCUCAAUCAUAUAUAUCUCAAGGUAUGGACUUCAGGCAUUAUGUGAACCGUUUACCGAAAGAUGCAGCACUGACCGUAGUGGCUGAUUCGUGCAGCAGUGGCGGACUUAUAGACCAAGAGCCUGUGCAGGUAGGGCUACCCUACCAUCCACGUCCUCAGAAAAGUUGUCAUCCUAGGAUACUCCCUUACGAUGCUUAUCUGGCACAACUGUCAUCCAAGACAGGGCUAAACAGUCCGGACAUUGGAGUUCACCUGGUCAAAUUGUUCGAUUCGGAAGCCAGCAUCUUGUUCAGGCUGCGUCCAGAUCAGCAUCCGAAGCCGCUGAAAGCUGACCAGGGCAUUCUAUUGAGCGGCUGCGAGCCUGAUCAGAACACUGUUGAAGAUUGGGAUGAAAAUGGGUCCCCCUGUGGUGCUUUUACUAAGGUUGUGGUCGGAAUUCUCAAGCCCGUACAACGAACAAGCAACUGGUUAUCAAGGCAAGGGGUAUUUUGGGGAUCAAGGCAGAAAAUGAGAGGCAACACCCGUGUCUCUACUGCACCAGAAAGAACGUGA